GCAGUCGCAGUCACCUGUCACCACACGCUGUCCCCGCCCCCUCCGCUGCCUGCGCGCGCAGAGCAUCGGAGGGCGCCGGCGGGAAGGGACGCGGCGGGAUACAAGCAGAUAAUGGGCAACAGUGUCUUUUAUUAAUCUGUGAUCAUCAUGUCUAAGGAGGAGUGCCCCAAGGCUGCGGACAGUUCAUUUUCCUCUGAUAAGCAUGCCCAGCUUAUGUUGGCCCAGAUGAACAAAAUGAGAAGUGGACAGCAUUUCUGCGAUGUACAGCUACAGGUGGGGAAGGAAACCUUCCAAGUGCAUCGGCUGGUCCUGGCUGCCAGUAGUCCAUACUUUGCAGCUUUGUUCACUGGAGGAAUGAAAGAGUCUUCAAAAGAUGUUGUGCAGAUUCUAGGAGUUGAAGCUGGAAUCUUUCAGUUACUUCUAGAUUUCAUUUAUACAGGAUUCGUGAGCAUAGCUGUGAAUAACGUCCAGGAGUUGAUUGUUGCAGCGGACAUGCUGCAGUUGACUGAAGUUGUUAAUCUUUGCUGUGAUUUUCUGAAAGGACAAAUUGAUCCACAGAACUGCAUUGGACUCUUUCAGUUCUCUGAGCAAAUUGCCUGCCAUGAUCUUUUGGAAUUUACAGAAAAUUAUAUUCAUGUCCAUUUCUUGGAGGUUCAUACUGGGGAAGAGUUCCUGGCACUUACAAAAGAUCAGCUGAUCAAAAUUUUACGAAGUGAAGAGCUUAGCAUUGAAGAUGAAUACCAAGUCUUCUUAGCUGCAAUGCAGUGGAUUCUCAAAGAUCUGGGAAAGAGAAGAAAGCAUGUGGUGGAAGUGUUAGAUCCAGUUCGAUUCCCCUUGUUACCAUCCCAGAGGCUUUUAAAGUACAUAGAAGGAGUAUCUGAUUUUAAUCUUCGAGUUGCCCUGCAAACACUUUUGAAAGAGUACUGUGAAGUCUGCAAGUCUCCUAAAGAAAACAAAUUUUGUAGUUUUCUGCAGACAUCUAAAGUUCGACCUCGGAAGAAGGCAAGAAAAUAUCUGUAUGCAGUAGGUGGAUAUACACGGCUGCAGGGGGGCCGUUGGAGUGAUAGCAGAGCCCUCAGCUGUGUAGAACGUUUUGAUACCUUUAGCCAGUACUGGACCACUGUAUCUUCACUCCAUCAGGCUCGGUGUGGACUUGGAGUUGCAGUUUUAGGAGGGAUGGUCUAUGCUAUUGGAGGAGAAAAGGAUUCGAUGAUCUUUGACUGUACUGAAUGUUAUGAUCCAGUUACUAAACAAUGGACAAUUGUUGCUUCAAUGAAUCACCCCCGCUGUGGAUUGGGAGUAUGUGUGUGCUACGGGGCAAUCUAUGCUUUGGGUGGGUGGGUUGGAGCUGAGAUCGGCAACACCAUUGAACGAUUUGAUCCUGAUGAAAACAAAUGGGAAGUCGUCGGCAACAUGGUGGUGUCGCGCUACUACUUUGGGUGCUGUGAAAUGCAAGGUUUAAUUUAUGCAGUUGGAGGAAUCAGCAGUGAGGGACUAGAGCUCCGCUCCUUCGAGGUUUAUGAUCCGCUUUCCAAGCGCUGGUCUCCACUUCCUCCUAUGGGAACCAGAAGAGCCUAUCUCGGGGUAGCAGUGCUCAACGACUGCAUCUAUGCUGUCGGAGGGUGGAAUGAGACACAAGACGCCCUUCACACGGUGGAAAAGUACUCCUUUGAAGAGGAAAAGUGGGUUGAAGUGGCUUCAAUGAAAGUGCCCAGAGCAGGCAUGUGUGUUGUGGCAGUCAAUGGUCUUCUGUAUGUUUCUGGAGGCCGAUCUUCUAGCCAUGAUUUCUUGGCCCCAGGUACUUUGGACUCAGUUGAAGUUUAUAACCCUCAUUCAGAUACAUGGACCGAAAUUGGUAAUAUGAUCACUAGUCGUUGUGAAGGGGGUGUUGCUGUACUAUGACACAGAAGGCACAAAAGCAGAAGGAACAGUUGAAAACGUAGGUUCUGACCAUUUGUAAAUUAAACAUAUAUUUGUGAUAUGAUCCGAUUCUUUUGACUAUUCCAUGCAUUGAAUAGAGAGAUAAGUGGAGUGAUUUUUCUAAAAAUUUGAAUGAGUAUGGUUAUGGAAUAUAUCUUAAAUUAAUAAAGUACUUUUACAAAUUUGCAAAACUUAACAAUACAAAUGGUAUUUAUGCCUUACAGUUAUUCAGUUAUCACUAGAAUCCUAACUGUAAAAAGUGUCUGCUAGAAACUUCUGUGAAAUAAUGCAUUUUACCUAUUUCUCCAGUGCAACUCAAGUUGAAACAUAGCCUAUAUAUAGUAUAAGGACAUGAGACAGCUAAAAUUUUUCUCUAAUUUGUGAUUUGAUCCAGAAUAUAGUUUCCAUGGUGCCACAUAACCUACAGAGAAAAGCCAAUGCAGGGGUUUCCACUACCCCCAAUUAUUUUAUUGGCAGCAGAAUAUUAGGAAGGACUGAUAGUACAUACCUAGGUUUUUUGUUUUGUUUUCUGAGACAGGAUCUCUAUGUGACUCUGGCUAUUCUGGAACUUUCUAUGUAGACCAGGCUGGCCUCAAACUCACAAAGAUCUGUCUGUCCCUGCCUCCCAAGUGUUGGGAUUAAAGGCCUGUGCCAUUAUGCCCAGCAAUAUCUAGCUAUCUAGAUAGAUUUUGCUUUUGAUAAUCUAAAAGAGUAUUUUUCUUUGAUUCUGAGAAUGCAAGUAAGGAAUUAAUAGGUUCUUGGUGAAAGUUCUUUUCAAAAAAUAGUUUUAAUUAUUUUUCUUUAUAUGGCUGUGUUUAUGUGUGUAUCUAUAUGUGCACCAUGUGUAUGUAAGGUGCCUGCUCUGGCUAGAAGAGGGCAUAGCAUCCCUGGAACUGGAGUUCCAGGUCUUGUAAGCUGCCUGAUGUGGGUGCUGGGAACUGAGCAUUUAGGUCCUUAGAAAGAGCUGCAAGUGCUCUUAGCUUUGAGCCUUCUCUAAUGCCCCUUGAUGACAGUUGUUUUUUAAAUAUGUGUAUGAGAGUUUUACCUGCAGUUUUGUCUGAAAUCCAGCAUUACUGAUGGUUGUGAACCGUCAUGUGGGUGCUGGGGCCUUCUGGAAGAGCAGUCAGUGCUCCUAACAACAGUUCUUUAUUGAAAUGGUAUGUAAUGGGUAUGAGUCCUUUCUCCGUUAUUUUCCAGGCAGUCAUCACAGUGAUGGUUAGUGUGAGGAGGAGGGACUGUUAGGUCACCAAGCUGUGCUUGCGCUUGGGUAAGCUCAGUAAGUGUGAUGUCACUGCCUGGUCUGGGAAAAGCUGAACUGUGGUUACGUUUGAUUGGUUUAGCCCAGGUUAACUGUGAACUCUCCAUUCUUUCUGCUUCAGCCUUCCAAGUGCACAAGCCACUGUGCAUGGCCCUCUAGGUACAGCUUGGAGCAUCCUUAUUCUGAAAUCAGAAAGUCUUUGAAUGGGAACAUCCAAUCCAAAAAAACAAAAGUUUUGGAUGUUGGAUCAUUUUAGAUUUCUGAUUUUCAGAAUAGGGAUAUUCAGCUGAUGAGUGCUAUAUAAAUAUUCUAAAAUCUGGUGUAUUCUGAAAUACAAACACUUCUAGUUCCAAGCAUUUCAGAUCUUUAUCAGGGAUUUAACCAGUACAUGUGGAAAUUGUUUAUAGACAAAAAUUGUAAGAAGGCUAUCAUCAUUGCUUUGUUCCUGCUAGUUAGAGGUUUGGCAUACUUUAGACUUAACUGGCUGAGGCAGAACUGUAAUGUCAAGACAUUCAGUAUUUGAGUGUGUAUGAUUAGUUCAGAAAUUCCCUGAAAAGUUCUCAAGUGGUAAUAUAUUGUUUUUGAAAGAUUGUACUAAUUAGGGGCUGGAGAGAUGACUGCCCUUCCAAAGGUCCUUGAGUUCAAUUCCCAGAAACCACAUGGUGGUUCACAUGUCUGUAAUGGGAUCUGAUGCCCUCUUCUGGUGUGUUUGAAGACAGCUACAGUGUUCUCAUAUACAGAAAAUAAAUAAAUCUUUAAAAAAAAAA